AAAAAGGAAGGACUCAGGAGAGGAGAUGGGAGAAAAAGGAAGGACUCAGGAGAGGAGAUGGGAGAAAAAGGAAGGACUCAGGAGAGGAGAUGGGAGAAAAAGGAAGGACUCAGGAGAGGAGAUGGGAGAAAAAGGAAGGACUCUGGAGAGGAGAUGGGAGAAAAAGGAAGGACUCAGGAGAGGAGAUGGGAGAAAAAGGAAGGACUCAGGAGAGGAGAAGGCAGAAAAAGGAAGGACUCAGGAGAGGAGAUGGGAGAAAAAGGAAGGACUCAGGAGAGGAGAUGGGAGAAAAAGGAAGGACUCAGGAGAGGAGAUGGGAGAAAAAGGAAGGACUCUGGAGAGGAGAUGGGAGAAAAAGGAAGGACUCUGGAGAGGAGAUGGGAGAAAAAGGAAGGACUCAGGAGAGGAGAAGGGAGAAAAAGGAAGGACUCAGGAGAGGAGAAGGGAGAAAAAGGAAGGACUCAGGAGAGGAGAAGGGAGAAAAAGGAAGGACUCAGGAGAGGAGAUGGGAGAAAAAGGAAGGACUCUGGAGAGGAGAUGGGAGAAAAAGGAAGGACUCUGGAGAGGAGAUGGGAGAAAAAG